AUGGUCUACUGCGACUCAUCAGGACGGAGAACCUCAUCAUAUGCAGUAAUAUAUAGGUUUGGUAGCAUUCGAGGCUCCAUUGGGCAACGUUGUGCUACCCCAACUGCGUAUCUUGUGCACCUGACUCAUCUGCUUACGGCUAACACUUCAUUUAAUAAGGACGACAGAACACAAUCAGCCUUGAUUUCCAUUCCAUUGAUUUUCAUCUCAUCAUCCCGAAUCUCACUAUCAAUCUUUGCAAUGGAAGCUUCUCUUGACGUCCAAGACUGGAAGGAUAUCGAAUCCCUUAUACAAAAGGCGCUGGGUGCUCGUGAGGCAUAUCGAACCGGUACCAAAGAUGCACGCGCCAUGGCUGCAGCUUGGAGGCCCAUCAUGCGUCUCCUAGCAAAGUUCCCCGAAGGCACAUUCACAAAGAACAACAACCAAGACAUCGCCGACAUUGACCCAUACGGCAAAGAAGUCCUCACUGCAUUUACAGAGGGAAUGUGGGCAUUCAGUUUAGGUCCUGUGCUGGAUGAUUUGGAUUGUCCUCAAACUGCAACCGAUCUCUACUCAUACUUCGGCCAGGACUUGUAUCAAGUCUGGUAUAAUUCAGAGCCGAAAGAUAAGAACAAUUGGGCUGCUUUGUUCCAGGAUGUGACGAACAAAGUUACUGACUACAACCUGAUUACAACCGAUACUACGGCGCGUGCCGGUCUAGACAAUUCGCCACGGGCAGCUAUGGCAGCGCAUGCUUGGGUCAUUACAAACUCCAUGUGUGGUAGCGGUGAUGUUGGUCAUGCAAUUGCGAGCGAAGCAAGACAGCUGUGGGAAACCAGAUGUGGCCCUUUUGUAGUGUCUCACAACUAG